AUGGAUGAUGAUUUGCGGAAUAAUCAACUGGCUAGUUCCUUACUCAAUGCCUGUGACGGCUUCAAGCUUGAAUCCACAGACGAAAAUUUACCGCAAUUGCUCGAUUUUAUCGAGUUUUUCAGAUACUUAUCGCAUUUUGGAGAGAGUAAACUAGCAUCCAUAUACACCUCAAAGAUUGAAAAGAUUCUAAAACUCAAAGAGAAAAACUUGUUUAAAUCACUAAACAAUGAUCCUAAUCACUGCAGCAGGAUAAUUGCUGAAGUAAAAAGAAUUGGGUUUUCUGAUACAGAAAGGGUCAUAAUUGGCUUUUUAGAGAACCGUUCAAGGUACAUUAAGGAGUGUUUGGAGAACAGUCGCGAUUUUGCAAAGAAGGAUCCUAAAAGUGGAUUAAAUGAGGUUAUACUCACUCUAAAGAAGGGAUUGCAUUCGACUGUACUCUGUUACAGGACGGUGUUUGGGGGUGUAGAUGUACAUCUCUCCACGUUUGUAAACAAGUCAAUUCAAGAUGCCAUGUCAACUAUACGGAGUAUUUUAAGAGAGAAUGAUAUGGGAGACAUAGGAAGUGAAGAGACUUUGGAUCUUUCUAGGGAACUGGACUCAAUUUCUGACUCAUUUGGCAGCUUUGGCCUAUCAUUUAAGUCACUUAUAAUGUAUUAG